CGGAGAGAGGCCGAAGAAGCAGCGAUGAGAUUAAGAGAGGAAGAAGAACGAAGACGGAGAGAGGCCGAAGAAGCAGCGAUGAGAUUAAGAGAAGAAAGAAGAAGCUUACCGAAGGAAGAAGUAAAGCUAUUGGAGAUGAUGUUAGAAGAAAGGAGAAGCAUAUCGGUGGAAGAUCAACCCGAGCCAGGGAAACGGGAUUCACAAAUACAGACAGAUCAGAUGUCAUAUCUGCAAAGAAUCAGCCUCAGAUACUCACAAAGCAGCAAACAUAGUCGUGAGCGAAAGAAGAGCAGUUCACCUCCAGCAAUAAAAUCACCUGAUGCUGCAGCUACAAGCAGGAAAGAGUCGUUGUCCAAGAGUCAGCCGCCGUCAUCAGCAGAAAGUUACUCGAAGAAAUCAGAUCAGGUUCUAGCUGAUGGAACAAGACGUAUCUCACAAGCUUCGUCCCUGGUGACGUCCCCUCGAAGGAAGUCAAGAGACACAAGCGCGCCGUCAUCAGCAGAAAGUUACUCAAAGAGGCCAGCUGCUGCAGCAAAGCCUGUCUCGCCAACAAAAGCAGCACCUCUUUCAUCAGGACAGCCCUCACCGGAACGAUCUCCUUCACCCAGGAAGCCCUCACCACCCUUAGUUAUUUUCACAAAGCAGAAAACAACAGUCAGAGAUGCUUCUCCAGAUAAGCCCAUGAUAGCACCAUCUGUGUCCCCAAAGUCCACACAAAACGUGUACGUUUCCGUUUCUCCAAAAAGGCGCACUUCACCUGCACCUGUUCCCUCGAGCCAGGUUACAGAGUACACAUCUGAUUCACCCAUACAGGGCCCACCAGCCCAAUCUGUUUCCUCAAUACAGACCACACCAGCCCCAUCGGUAACCUCAAGGAUGUCUACACCAGCCGCACCUGCUUCCUUACGGCAGCCCACACCAGAAGCAUCUUUUACCUCAAGGGUAUCUACAUCAGCCGCACCUGCUUCCUUACGGCAGCCCACACCAGAAACAUCUUUUACCUCAAGGAUGUCUACACCAGCCGCACGUGCUUCUUUAAGGCAGCCCACACCAGAAGCAUCUGAUGUUUCAAUGCAGCCCACACCAGCCCAGACCAUAGAAGCAUUUGGACCAACCCUACAACCAACCUCAGAAGAAUCAGCCUCCCCGAGGUUGGUUACGCCAGAACUUGCCAGAGGUUCCUCACCAACGCCUCCCUCUUCGGGCAUGACAAGCUGUGUGGGGUCACCAACAUCAAAGAUCAGGGAAGAUCUCAUUUUUAUGACCAGUGUGACCUCCAAAGAAAAGUCGACUAUUCUCGAGAAAUUCGAUAUUAAGUACGUCCGGGAAGAAAUCUUCAGCGACACAGAGACUUCGACAUCACCUGCUGCGCAACAGCAAAGCAUCAGACUUGGUACUGGGCGAUCCUCGAGGUCUCAGUCAGUAGGCCUUCAUCACUCUGGUGGUCACCGAAGCUCUAGGAUGGCAAAUGGUACACGGUCUGCUAGCAUUGGAAGAAAGUACCACUCCCCUUCCCGAUCUGUCAGGGGGGGUCCGAGUCCAAGCAGCAACAGAACCAGCCCAUCGUAUAGAGGGUCGCAAAAAUCAAAUAAGAGUUACUCCAGAAGCCCUACUAUUUGCUCGCAAGGAGAAAGAAACGUUAUUCCUGAAAUAUUUUUCUCAAAGGAAUCUCAGCUGAGCACCUCAUAUGUGGCAGGGGAUAGUGAAACAGACAGAAGCAAUUCUAGAAGCCAGAGUCCGUUAUCGCUAGGUGAGGGCAAAGAGCUGUGUAGAGGCAGCUUUUCAAAGUCUCCUUCUCCAGUAAUAAGUCCAUCGAGAAAGACAACUAGACAGAAUAACAAAAUUGCAGGGUUGUCUGGAAAAAGUGAGUCUGCGUCCCUACCCUCGACUUCCCUCGUAACCUCUCCAUUGAGGGAGAAAACCAGUAAGAGUCAAAGUCUAGCGUGCUCACCUGAGGGUGACUCUGUAGAUCCUGAGAUAGGGAGCAGCGUCGAUGGCCCAUCUCCCAAGCUUAAAACUAAAAGAUCGCUGGCAGAUCUGGUAGAGAAAAUGAACAAAGACUUUUCAGAAUCACCUUAUUUUUCAAAGACAGAACAACAGGAGGAGUGUUCGGAGGUCUCUGAGAACACUGACGAUGACGUUACUCUCGAAACAGUCUCCUCAUCAUUUUCAGAGGAUGAUGAUUGGAAGGAUGUAGACAAUUUGUUCAAAAUGGACACCGAAAAAGCAAUUCCUGCCAGGCAAAGGAAGAGCUCACCCAUUAUUUUCCAGAUGAAUAUAUCAGAUGUCAAAUGUGAGCUUAAAAAUAGCAACACAGUUUUGUUUGAUAUAAAGGAAGUUGCUGAAGUGCAGCCAACACUGAUCACUGCAUGUACAACAGUUUCUUUCGAACAGGUUAAGGUAGAAAAAGUAGUCAUGGGUGCAUUAGGAUCAUUUUCCGCCUCUACAUCACCGGUUGGACAUGAACUUGUUUCCAGGAAGGAGGAUGUGACAUCAACACCAGUUUCACCCGUGCAGACCUGUGUAGAUGGAACACCUUCAGUCACCCCAUUUGAAACAGCUGUGACACUUUCACAUAUUAAAAAGAAAACAGAAACCAAACAUUUUGAAAUAAAAGUGCCAGUCGAAGAAGAAAGAACUUCGCCAUUGAUGCUCAAUGUAGAAACAUCAAUGCAACGGACAGGACAAACAAAAGCCGUUCCUGCCCCAAUCAGAACAACUUCCCAAAAAGCCGAGGCAGCAGUUUUACCCACAAAAGAAAUAUUUUCGUCUUCUCACGUCAUACAAGAAGCGGAAUAUACGCAGACACCAGAUAAAAUAAUGGAAAGAAUUGUUUCACCUACACAAUUUGCAAAACCAUCUAAUGUUCCCUGGCAGCCCAUCGCAAAGGCAAAGGUUCAACACAGACGAACUAAACCAGAACCAACUGAUUCGUCAACGAUAAGCUGUUCAAAGAAAUCUGUUUCAUUAAGAAAUCUUUCACCAAACCAAACUGUCGUGUCAAGACAAAAUUCACCAGAAUCAGCUUUUUCGACACAGACAUACUCAUUAGAGCCAAGCGUUGUCUCGAAGAAACCUUCACCACAGCCAGAUAUUUUCUUCAGUGAACAUUUACCAGAACCAGAAGUUCUCUCAAAGAAACACUUACCAGAAGCAUGUAUUGUCUCGAAAAAACAUUCACCAAAACAAGGCGUUCUUUCAAGGAGUAAUUCGCCAGAAGCAGAUGUUUUCUACAGAAAACAUUCACCAGAUCCCUAUGCUUCCUCAAAGAAAAACUUGGAAGAAUCAGUUGCUUUAUCAAGAAAGCAUUCUCCAGAUCUAAGUAUUUACUCAAAAAAUAACUCACCAGAACUAUCUGUUUCAUCGAAAAAACAUUCGCCAAAAGCAGCUAUUUCACCAAUUAAAUACUCAACAGAAUCAGUUGUUUCAUCAAAGAAGCAUUCUCACGAAGCAGGCAUUCUUACGAGGACACAAGAUGUUUCAUCAAAGAAAUACUUGAAAGAUGCAGUUGUUUUAUCAAGAAAACAUUCACCAGAAUCAGAUGCCCUCUCAAGAAAUAACUCACCAGAUUCAUCUGUUUCGACGAGUAAACGCUUACGAAAAGCAUCUAUUCCACAAAGAAAAUACUCACCAGAAUCAUUUACUUCGUCAAGGACACCCUCACCAGAAUCAGCUGUUUCAUCGAGGAAACAUUCACCAAAACCGAAUUUUCUCUUGAGGAAACAUUCACCCGAAAAAGAAGUUUCAGCAAAUAAAGACUUGCAAGGUGAAGCUGCUUUAUCAGGGAAACAUUCAUCAGAGUCAGAUGUUCUUUCAAGCAAUAACUCACCAGAGAUUUCUGUAUCAUCGAGGAAACAUUUGCCAAAACCAGUUAUUUCACCAACAAAAUACUCACCAGAGUCAUUUACUUCAUCAAGGACACACUCGCCAGAACUUGAAAGGAAAUACUCAAUGGAAUCACCUGUUUCAUUGAGGAAACAUACGCCUGAAUCAGCUACUUCAUCAAGGAAACACUCACCAGAAUCCACUCUUUUACCAAGCAAACUUUCAGAAGGUAUUUCCUCAAGAAAACCUACACUGGAAACAACUACUUCCCCUAAGCGCAUCACUCCAACACGUGUUUUCUCAAAGCAGUCCAAGCCAGUAAUACCCUUGUCAUCAAAGGACUCCUCACCAGAACAAACUAUUUCAAGGAAAAGCACGCCAGAAAUACCACUUUCAAAUAGGAAAUUCACACUAGAGCCAUCAUACUCGUCAAAAACAUCUUCCCCAGCACGAACUAUUUCAUCAAGGAGAUCGACGCCGAUACCUUUUGCUUCGCCCGAGCGCAGUUUAGGAUCAAAAUGCUAUUCACCAAGACAACUGACACCAGAACGCAUUAUUUCAACAAGAAAAACAGCUCCAGAACUUGUUGCUUUAUCACGGAGAACUACUCCAGAGUCAAUAGUUUCACCAAGAAAACACUCACCAGAGUCACUUAUUCCGUCAAGGAGUCUUACGCCAAAAUCAAUUGUUUCACCUAAGCGCACCAAGUAGCAUCAAGUGUUUCACCAAGGCAUCCUACUCCACAGCAAA